GACUUUCUUCAUGCCAGUGUAACUUUUUUUAAAAAAAAGUAGAAGCGGUGUAAAUGGUUUGAGAUGGGAAUCUCAGUGAGAGUUGAAGUGUGGGAGAGGCGGGAGUAAAUGCUGACUGGCUGGGAAUACUGGAAGCUCUGUUACUGGAGUGGCGCUCACUCUGACUCGGGGCUCUCUGUUGACGCGCAGUCUCCCUGAAGCCGGGAAUUGCUCAGAGACAGACGGGGCUUCGCUCGGAUCGGACUCAGCCCUAGCCCCCGGUGCCAGUCCCUCCCCUCCCCGCUAGCCAUGGGCAGUGGGAGCCGCUGCCAAGCUCCCCUGGCCGGCCUGCAUUCUCUCUGCCUCCUCCUUGUUGCCGGGCUAAACUCUGUCACUUCAGAUGCCGAUAUAUUUCUGAUAUACAGUGAGAAAGCAGACAGUUGCCUGGAGAGCAGUGGCUCCAGUGUAAGACUGGCUCCAUCCUGCAAUGAAAGCUUUGACCAGCAGCAGUGGAAGUGGGUGUCUAGACUGAGGCUCUUUAACCUUGGAUCCAAGCAGUGUCUGAGCAUCCAGAGGAGGAACGACACUGUGCCCAGACUGGGCAUGAUGGAGUGUAACCAGGAAUCUGCCCAGAUGCGAUGGCAUUGUAAUGGUCUAGGCAGUCAGCUCAGCAGUUACCUGAUCCAGCAGUCUAAAGCUCAAGGGCCUAAUACAGGCCAACCUGAUGUGUGGAGAAUUUACAACACUGAUGAGGACCUGUGUGCUCGGCCUUAUCACGGUAAGAUUGAGGACAAGGACCCAAUGAGCAAUAGCUGCUACCAAUUCAACUUCCAGUCCACUCUCUCCUGGAGCGAGGCCCGCAUUAGCUGUCAGCAGCAGAACUCUGAUCUCCUGAGCAUUACUGAACUUCAUGAACAGACCUACAUCAACGGUCUCCUGACUGGUUAUAGUGCUACUCUGUGGAUUGGCCUGAAUGAUUUGGAUAUUGAUGGUGGCUGGCAAUGGUCUGAUGGAUCACCACUGAAAUACCUUAACUGGGAAAGGGACCAACCUGCAAACUCAUUUGAGGAAAACUGUGGAGUUAUCAGGACAGAAUCUUCCGGAAGAUGGCAGAAUAAAGACUGUGGCAUUGCUCGGCCGUAUGUCUGCAAGAAAAAGCCAAAGACCAAGGAUUCCACAACCAAAGAUGUGGAGGAAUUAUGGAUUGGUCUCAAUGACAUCAAGCGUCAAAUGAACUUUGAAUGGUCAGAUGGAACUCCAGUUCGCUUCACUUACUGGCAUCCCUUUGAACCUAACAACUUUGCAAGUGGUCAAGAGGACUGUGUCACACUCUGGGGCUCGGAGGGACGUUGGAAUGAUGGGCCUUGUAACCUCACGCUGCCUUUCAUCUGCAAGAAACCCAGUUGCUCCUCAGAAGAGGAGGAGGAGCUCUUGGAAGACAAUCUUGGCUGUGCAAAGGGUUGGAGGUUGCACGGCUCUUCCUGCUAUUUUGUGGGUGAGGAAUCAGUGACCUUUGAUGAGGCCUUGAAGAAAUGCACAGGACAAAGGUCCACCCUUGUGACGAUUCUGAACAGAUUCGAGCAGUCAUUCAUCAUCAGCCUUAUCCUUGGUCGCUCCGGCAACUUCUGGACAGCUCUACAAGACGCCAACCACCCGGGGGUCUUCCAAUGGAUGGGUGGUGAUGCCGUCUCCUUCACUAACUGGAAUCUAAACCAACCAGGUUAUAAAGGCGGUUGUGUGGUGCUGGCCACAGGAAAUUCUGUUGGAUUAUGGGAUGUGAAAGAUUGCAACAGCUUCAGGGCCAAGUACAUCUGCAGGCAGAACCUAGCAACCUCUGUUGAUCCAGGAACUGGACCAGCCGCAGUGACUCCCACACCCAGUGUGACAGGAAACUGUCCAACAGGAUGGUCUUCAUCCCUGACUCUGCGAUACUGUUAUAAGGUGUUUCACUUCAACACCAUCUAUGCUAAGAAGAACUGGGUUCAGGCACACAUGUUCUGCUAUGAGCAAGGUGCUCACUUGCUCAGCAUCAGCAACUUUGAAGAGGAGAAGUUUACAGAGAAACUGGUUAAUGAAAUCUUUGGAGAGUCAGAGGAUCACGAUUAUCAUUGGUUCUGGCUUGGAUUGAACCGACGAAACCCAGGGACAGAACAAAGCUGGGCAUGGAGUGAUGGAACUGGGUAUUCCUACAACAACUUUGGACGAGAUGUCUAUGAAGAUGAUAGCGUCCGACGCUGUGGAGUCAUUGACAUUGCCUCCUCACUAUGGCGAGCAGUACGCUGUGAGAAUCAACUGGACUGGAUCUGUAAGAUCCGCAAAGGAGCUGUUGUGAAGGAACCAGAGGGCACUGAAGAUGCUGCAAGCAACCAGUGGUUCCAGUUCCAGGAUGCAGAGUACAAGUUCUUUAAGCAUCUCUCCACCUGGCCUCAAGCCCAGCGGAUCUGUACCUGGUUCAAAGCGGAACUGGCCUCCAUUCACAGCCAGGAGGAGCUGACCUUCCUAGGACAGACCCUGCAGAAGCUCUUCCGCUUUCAGGACCAAUUUUGGUGGAUUGGCCUUCACACCAAUGAGAACGAUGGACGAUUCAGGUGGUCUGAUGGUUCGAUUCUGAAUUUUGUCUCUUGGGCCUCAGGGAAGCCACGACCUAUUUCGCGGGACAGAAAAUGUGUCUACAUGUCACCCAGUAAAGAAGUGUGGGGUGACCAGAGAUGCCUGAAUGACCUUCAGUACAUUUGUAAAAGGACAAACAGCUCCAUGGUGAAGCCCCCUUUACCAUCUCCGCCGUCUACACAUUCCGGUGGUUGUCCAAGGGGGUGGACCCCAUUUGCAAGCAAGUGUUUCAAAAUAUAUGGAUACUCUAAAGUGGAUCGUGUUAACUGGAUUGAAGGGAAGGCAGCUUGUGAGAGAGCAGGAGGACUGCUCGCAACAAUCUCUAAUCACUAUGAGCAAGCCUUUAUAACAACCAUUCUUCCAAAUAUCACCUUUGACCUCUGGAUUGGUCUGCAUGACACAAACAAGGACUUCCAGUGGCUACAAAAGGAACCAUUGAAAUAUGUCAACUGGGCUCCAGGGGAGCCUUCAGGCCAGCACACGUCCUCUGCAACCAAUGAGCUGGUAAACUGUGCUGUGAUCUGGCAUGCCUUGCAUCCACAGUUCACUGGGCGCUGGGAUGAUCGGAGCUGCACAAGGGAUAAGAAUGGCUUCAUCUGUCAGAAAAACAAAGACCUGUCUCUACCAUCAACACCUGCCAAGUUCCCACCACCCUUGACAUCCAAGCUGAGUUACAUGAAUAGUACCUACCGAGUUAUCCAGAAGCCUCUGACUUGGCAGGAAGCCGCCUGGCUCUGUGAGACCCGGAAUGAAACUCUGGUCACGGUAGUGGACCCCUAUCAACAGGCAUUCCUCACACAGGUUAUGAACAACAUCCGACUGCCCCUGUGGAUCGGACUGUCAAAUGAAGAGGGAGGCAGGGUCUUUUCUUGGCUGAGUGGGGAGGAGUUGGACUACAUCAACUGGCAGGAAGGGGAGCCACACCAAAUGGGCUGCGUUCACAUGGACAUGGACGGGACGUGGCGACCAUCCUCCUGUGAGACGAAGCUAAAUGGAGCAAUUUGCAAAGUGCCUGGAGAGUCCUGGUCGAGCAAAUCAACUUUCACUGGAACUUGUCCAACCAGCCUGCAGGAUUCUUCCUGGAUCCCCUUCCGUAAUCAUUGUUACUCCUUCCACUUGGAAAAGAAGGCGACUCCCAAAGAGGCAGCACAGUUGUGUCAGAAAGUGCAUGGAGCCGAGCUGCUGUCCAUUCUUGAUGAAGUAGAAAAUGUAUUUAUAUGGGAACAUCUGGAGACAUAUGAAAAUGAUACCAAAGGUGCCUGGCUGAGUCUCAUGUAUAACACCAAGAGUGGUUCACUUGUCUGGCCUGAUAAGACUGUCUUGAACUAUUCAAACUGGGCUCGUGGAACUGAGAACAUGAGUUUAAUGAGUCCAAACACUUGCUAUUGGAUCAAGAGCAACACUGGCAUCUGGGGGAUUGGUCCCUGUACCAGUUUCACACUAGGUAUCGUCUGCAAAAUGCCAAGAGUUCAAGAGAACAGCCUUCUUGGUACCGCUGGCUCACAAGGGCACACUUUGGACAUCAUCUUGUACGUGCUGGGCGCAUUGGUGUUGGUGGUGGUGCUGGUGGUGGUGGUGGUGCUGCUGUACCGACGGCGAACAGCCUGGACCUCACGCCAUGGGGCUUUUGAGAGCGCGCGAUACAGCAGGACGUCCUCAACGCCCAGCGAAUCCAUGGAGAAAAACAUCCUGGUGUCCGACAUGGAAAUGAAUGAACAGCAAGAAUAACCCUGGCACCUGCUCCCCUGUCUCUCUUCAUCCUCGAGCAGUGUGCUUAGCACAGACUGGUGUUCAGAACAUCAUGCAGAUCAACAUGGGGUCCCACCACAGUCACAUUGCAACACAGUUGGCACUGCUUAAUGGGGUAAUGCCUACAGGAUAUAUUUCUCAGGCAUCCAGUUACAUAUUAUAUAUAAAACUAUAUAUAUUUGCAUCAUACUGGUGGAUUUUGCUUCCUAGAGAUGAUCUGAUAAAUGGGGCAAUUUGUAUCCACUAGGGCACCCCAGUAAACAGGUUUCAACUGUGUUAUUGACCUUGACAACAAAGCAUUUCUAUGUAAAAGGCACAGUUCAAUGACCAAACUCAUCAUGCAUUCACUCUGCUUGAUGAGCCUCCUGUCAGUUUUAGCAUGGUUCAAAUGUUGGUACAGUGUUUUCUGCAGUCUUAAGCACUGCUUCUCAGACCCACAAGUCCACAGCCAAGAGGAGGAUACAUGUAGUAUUUAAAUUGAGUAAGCACAUUCUGGAUUGCUGACCACAUCCUUUAGGAAAGUCUUAGGAAAGUGUUCCUCUUAGCAGCUGUUGAUGUCCUAGUGGCUGUGUACUCACAGCGGAACUUGGAAAACUGUCAACAAGGAGUAGCAAAGAAAUUAGCCAGAGAUUGGUGAUGGUGGUUCAAAGUGUCAAACUGGGUGGAUGGAAGAGUAGGUUCAGGGAUGCUAUUUCCUUAGUCCAGAACACGGGACAUAACAACAAAAUUUCGCAGUAAGCCAUUCAUGUGUGAUGUCAGAAAUCACUUCUUUAUACAGAAAGCAAUGCAAGUCUGGAACCCUCUUCCCUCAAAAACUAUUAAUUGAAAAUGUGAAAACUAAGAUUGAUUGGACUUCUGUUCAGGAGAGGCAUUAUGAGUUACAGAACAAAGGUGAAUAAGCAGCAUUAAAGAUAAAUCAACCAUUAACGCAACAGAAUUGAAGGACAGUUGGUCUCCUCCUGUUCCUAUGUUACGGAACCAUAAGCCACUGAUCAGAGUUGAAAGGCAUGUUUUCAAAGAUGAUUGAAUAGUUGAGAAUGAACAUAUCACUAUAUGUAGGGGAAGACAAUAAGCCGGUAUAGAUUUGAUAAACAGGUAGGUCUUCUAUAAUGCAAUGGUUGUGUUCUAGUGCAACCCUACAUUAUAGAAAAAUUGUGCUUUAGAAACAGUGCUUAAAGUGUUGGCGAUGUAAUCAUAUUACAGUCAAUGUACAUUUUAAAAGUUCACGCCUUAGAAACAGUGUCGGCAAUUUGUUACAGCAAAUUUGCAUUAAUGAAACACCUGCAGCUCAUUAUUGGAAACAUCUUAGAUUGCAGACCACAACAACCUGUUUACAGGACAAUUGAAGGACAGUAACUGAGAGAAUGCACCUUAAGUGCUGAUGUUUAACUGUGAUCAGUGAAAGAUUUGUGCCCAUGUCAGGUUAGAUCAUUAGAUGAUUUGCUCUCUGCUAAAUACAGUGCAUUUCUUCCACUUGUAACAGUGUCUGAACAAAUCAACAUACUCAUCAAAGGAAAAAUCCCACAUUUUUACUGUUUGAGGAACUGAGUUUGGGAUGGGAACCUUUUACAAGGCCUGAUUUCAUGAGCUGAAGAUCCCAAUCACAGUUCAUAGGAAUGUACGUUCAUUUCUGACAAAGUGGGGCUUGUCAUGUGGGUGAUGAGGUGAUGCAUCUAAAUUCCAAGGAAGGUGCUAACCUGGCAGGCAGGGUCAUACUGGAGCACAGGUUUGUAAUGUGAAGCCUGUAUUCCUGAUCUGGUGUGUGAAUAUAUAAUGUGGAGAAGCACAUUCACGCUGGUUACCAAUUUAGCAUUUAUUUUAAAGGGGUUAAGAUCUUUAGUAUCUUACGAAAUGAUUGGAUGACGCCUCAUGAUGUGACGUUCAGUAAAGCUGAAUGACAUUUCUUUUAUUGUUUCUGAAACUAAAGGAAAUGGCUUUUUUGGAUACUUUAGGGUUUUAGGUUCCAUUUCAUUAUAUUGUGGACUUUCAGUCCCUGAUGUACUGGGUGUGACUAUACCACGUGGUGCUGACUGGAAGGUUAGGAUGUAUGAGGGCAGUUGUGUUCAUGGGAGGGUGGCUAAGUACCUUGUAUUAGAUCAGCAUCAAUCCAGGGCUUUUGAGCUCCUUUCACCGGGCUGUCUUUUAUGCAUGACAAGGCUAUGAGGCUGAUGUUCAAGGGAAGUAAGGUGGAAUGUUUCUAUGGGUAAUCUUGUGUUAAGGGGUUAGAUUGCAUAUGCAUUGAAAGUAGUCAUGAAGAAUGAUAUUGUUAAAGGUAAAAUUUCAGGGUCUGUGAAGCAGACGGGUGAGGGCAGUUAAUACAAGGUUUGAGAGAAAUAUGGAGACAUGUUUGUGAUAGGAUGUCACAAUUGGCUAAUACUGAGCUGUGAAAACACCAGCCAAUCAAACAGUGAGUUCUACAAAUCAUAGUGAAGUUAUUACAUCGUGAGAGCAGAUCAUCUUUCAUUGGAGGGGAAUAAAUCUGAAAAAAAUGAAACAAGUGUCCCUGAACAUUAAGAUCAUCCUUUUGAUUGUUGGAGAUUAAUCUUUCUCUUCUUUAAAGCCGAAGAGAUUGCAACACUGGGGACCAACAUUUUUUCUACUUACACCAGUACCAGGAAUUCUGUAGGGCACUUUAUUAAAAUAGUUUGUGCAUGAAGCUACAAAGAGUCUUGAUGACAAUCAAAUGAUGUAAAGGGGGAGGGUGGGGAGGGGAUUAGAGGACAGGGAAUGGAGUUGGUCUGUGCUAGUAGCCUGAACUGGGCUCACAGCAAACCAGCAGCCAGUGUUAUACCAUGCCCAUUGAGAAUCAAUGGAAAGGGAAAUCAGGAGGGAGGUGAUGGGGGUUUCUGGUUUGCUGUGAUAUUGCCUGAUUCGUACUGGUAGUCAAAGACCAAUUUCAUCUAUGCAAGAGGUCCUACUAUUCUUAGAAUAACAUCUGCCAGUUGUUUUUUUCCAGGGGUGGGGGUGACGAAAUGAGCAGGGGAGUCUUACCCCUCCCCCCCCCUUUCCAUAUGGAACAUUAUUUCAAGCUUUCAAAACAUGUUUACUUUGUGAUUGAGCUGCAAAAACGGAUUUUCUGUCCAUUUCUAUUGCCAAGUAUAACAAAGGCAGAGAAGUUUGCCAAACAGGAUUCUCAGAAUAAAGUGUUUUUUUAAUUUUA